AUGCGACCUUCAGUAUUCACAAUUAUUCCGCAGCUCGUGCCUCUGGCGUUCUUGAUUCUGACGUCGAUCAGUUCGCCAACGUUGACAAACAUCUACCUGGCCAAGGACACAAAGAACAGAACCUAUGGGAUCUUCGGGUACUGCUCGGGCGACUCACACUGCACGCCGGUCUCCCUGCACACACAGCUUUCGAAGGUGCUCUCGUCGAGCGUUCUACCGUCGUCUGCGAUCGACAAGUUGGACCCGUAUCUCAUCAUCGCCCCGAUAGCGGCGGGCUUGACGUUCAUCUCGGUGUUGUUCAACGUGUUGGCGCUUGUCUUCAACGGCUCGGCAGGCUUCCAUUCAAGAGUGUACUGGGCCUUCGCCAUGACCGUCACGAUUUUGGCGUUUCUCACGUCGAGUUUUGUCUGCAUAGUCACAUUCCUACUGUUCUACCCUCACGUCGAAUGGCUAGCGUGGUGCUUGAUCCCCUCUGCUGCUAUCAAUUUGGGCGCAGUUGUGUCGUUGGCGUUCUCCUUCAACUCGUUAUGCACUCCAGACAAGGAAAUGCAAACAGAUGACGAGAGCGAGUACAACGAGAAGGCUUCGGUGCUCAAUCCUCCCAACAUCAAGAGCUUCAACCCUUACCUCAAUUCCGACGCAACGUUAUUGAAUAAUGUCCCUCCGAUCACUAAAUCCAAUAUGAACGUCAUGACACGCUCUCUCAACUCUUCUGCUUCUUCUUUGUAUACGAAGGAACAGGAUAAAAACGACUCAGUUGUUGUCACAGAGAGGAUAAACACAAAAAAUUCAUCCUCGAACAUGUCUCUCAAAGUCCCUCAGAUUUCUAAUCCUUAUUUGAACCAAGGGGCAAACGAUAGCGUUGGUAAUAGCAACAACAGCAAUCUCUUUCCAAAUGAAAGCAGCAACAGAAAUAACGACAAUAGUGCUGACGAUGAACCAGAUCAGCGUCUUUCGGAUACCGAGAACAACUCCGCAAAUAGCUCUUCUUCUAAUUUCACGAGCAUAUCGCAAAGGCCUAUAAAUCCUAAAUACUAUGCCGGAUCUCCUCCAAACAAUAGGUUACCUUUGAGUGCUGCAAACCAGUACGGCUCAAAUGGUCCUCAGAUGAAACAGAAUACCAUGACACCACAACAAUAUCAUCAACAACGCCAGUAUAACCAGUAUCAGAACCAAAUGUCGUCAAUGCCGAUGCAAAACAAAAACGCUUACAUGAGAAAACCCAAACCUUACAUGGUGAUGGGUCAUAGACCACCUUUCCCUAACCAGCAACCACCGGCCCAGCGUUAUCAUAACGGCUUUAAUCAAAUGGCUCAACAGGCUCACAAUCAACCUCAUCAACCAUACUCUAACUACAACACACAAAAUCAGCAGUUCAAUCAGCUCAAUCCAUACGCACCUAAUUCUUCGAAACCUAGAGGUAACGGUUUUGUGCCGAUGAAAUACAGAGCACGUAACAACAUGGCCAACUUACCAGCUUCUGCAUUGGGAAACGAUGGCCCAUAUUCUGGAUUCAGGUGA